AUGGCUAACGAGACUCCGAUUCCCUUGUUGGAUCCGCAGCAGCCGACCAGUCACUCACCAGUCUCUACAGGAAACUGGCUCGGAUUUGACAAGACAACAGAUAAAUCACAACAAUUGCAGCAACGAGCAAUAAGCAACGGCCACAUAUCUAAGUGUCUAGCAACCUUGGCUCCUCAAGGUAUGUGUUCGACUUGCCAGCUCGAUUUUGCCUUCAUCACAUGCUCCGGACGCGCAAUCCUACAAGCAUCGCCACCUGGUUGGAGAUCGCAGUCUCUCAGUUUACAAGGCCCCGUUACCCUCCACUUAUAUGUAUAUCCUAGGGGCUUGCUUGUGCUAUGCCAUAUGGUUGAUCAUCUAAGAGAUAUGAGGCAGUCUUGUGAUAACGAGGGCCGUGGUUAG